AUGCCACAGGCAGUUGGAGGUCCAGUUGGAUACACCCCCCCAGAGGGAGGCUGGGGGUGGGCAGUGGUAGUUGGAGCUUUCAUUUCCAUCGGCUUCUCUUUUGCAUUUGGCAAAUCUAUUUCCGUAUUUUACAAAGAAAUUGAAGGUAUAUUCAAUGCCACCAACAGUGAAGUGUCCUGGAUAUUCUCCAUCAUGUUUGCUGUUAUGUAUGGCGGAGGUCCUAUCAGCAGUAUCCUGGUGAAUAGAUAUGGCAGUCGUCCGGUCAUGAUAGUUGGUGGCUGCUUGUCAGGCUGUGGCUUGAUUGCGGCUUCUUUCUCUAACACUGUACAGGAGCUUUACCUGUGUAUUGGAGUCAUCGGAGGUCUUGGGCUUGCCUUCAACUUGAAUCCAGCUCUGACCAUGAUUGGAAAGUAUUUCUACAAGAGGCGACCACUGGCAAAUGGACUGGCCAUGGCAGGCAGCCCUGUGCUCCUUGCUGCCCUGGCCCCCCUCAACCAGGUUUUCUUUGACAUCUUUGGCUGCAGAGGAAGCUUCCUAAUUUUGGGGGGCUUAUUGCUAAACUGCUGUGUAGCUGGAGCCCUGAUGCGACCAAUAGGGCCCAAGCCAACCAAGGAAGGGAAAGCUAGGUCUAAAGAUUCUCUUCAGGAAGCUGGAAAAUCUGAGACAAAAAAUGGUUCAGGUGAUGCCAAUGUAGAACUUAAUGAUGGAAACCCCAAAGAGGAGAAACAAUCCAUUUUCCAAACACUUAAAAAAUUUCUGGACCUAACCUUGUUUACUCACAGAGGCUUUGUACUGUACCUCUCUGGUAACGUGAUAAUGUCUUUUGGACUGGCUACGCCUUUAGUCUUUCUUAGUAGUUACGCCAAGAGUCAACAUUACGCUAGUGAGAAGUCUGCCUUCCUUCUUUCUAUUAUGUCUUUUGUCGAUAUUAUAGCCAGACCUUCUAUGGGAUUUGUAGCUAACACAAAGUGGAUAAGACCUCGAAUUCAGUAUUACUUUGCUGCUUCUAUUAUUGCAAACGGAGUGUGUCACAUGGUACUGCCUUUAGCCACCAGCUAUACUGGGUUCUGUGUCUAUGCGGGAUUCCUUGGAUUUGCCUUUGGGUGGUUCAGCUCAGUAUUGUUUGAAACACUGAUGGACCUCGUCGGACCCCAGAAGUUCUCCAGCGCUGUGGGAUUGGUGACCAUUGUGGAAUGCUGUCCUGUCCUCCUGGGACCACCACUUUUAGGUCAUCUUAGUGACAUAUAUGGAGACUACAAAUACACAUACUGGGCAUGUGGUGUGAUCCUAAUUAUUGCAGGUAUCUAUCUCUUCAUUGGCAUGGGCAUCAAUUAUCGACUUGUGGCAAAAGAACAGAAUGCAAAGGAGAAGGAGAAAAAAACGGAAGGUAAAGAGGAGGAGCCAAAAAGAGUUACUAAAGUAGCAGAAUGUGGAGUAUAG